AAUCGAGAAUAACAUAAUAAAUCUAAGUGACUCAAUACUUAAAACGGGGAGAAUCCAAAUAGUACACAUGUUUCGCUGGUCGACUAUUGUAAAUCAUAAAACAAUUAAGAUACGUAAAGUUUCUUAAAUUUAAACCAUAAAAACAAUAAUUAAUAAAAUACGAUGCGCCUUCUCACAAUUUCACUGCUACUGAUUCACCUAACGCUUCACGAUUGUCGAUCGGCGGUUUCACGACUGCCAAGCGAAAGAAGCCCUGAUUUCCCCGGAGAGUGCUUCCAUUCGAGCAGUGGGCUCCACGUGCCCAGAGGCAGAUCCAGAGAGAUAAGUGGCCAGUGUCAGAGCGUCCAUUGCACGGAUGAUUAUAUUCUGGUUUUUACCAAUUGUGGUCACGUAAGUGUUGGCUCAGGAUGCUACAGGACCGAGGGAGAACCCGAUAGGCCAUGGCCCCAAUGCUGUCCCUACGUAAUAUGUCCUAAUUAAAAGUGCUUAAAAAUGUACUAGUUGUUAUCGAUUAAAUAAAUUAAAAACAAUAUAUUUUAAA